AUGAAUCGGAUAUCAAUGAUUCUGCUGCUACUAUGCGGCUUCGUCGCUCUCGUCAGCGCAAACUCACCAACAUUCUGCAAAUGCACCUGCUUCAAAAACAGCACCAUCGUAGCACUGGGCCCCCAAAAAGCAGACGGCGAACCACCAGGCAACGCACCUCCCUCUACCCGCGACACCUCCUCCUCCUCGCUCCUCAACAAGCGCGCCGCCUCCUCCUCCUGCUCGCAAUGCACAAAGGCCUUUUGCCUCAGCCGCGGCAUCGACUUCUGCAGCAAGGCUAAAGACGAAGACGUUCAGACCAUGUGCUUCCAGCGCGACAGCAACAAGGACCGCGUCAUUGUGUGGGGGUUCCUGCUAGGCACAUCGGGUUUGCUGGGGUGGGCUGUGUUUAAGAGGGCGAAUGAGCUGCGGGAGGGGAAGAGGGCGGCUGAUGCUGCUGCUGCUUCUGGGGGGAGGGGGGAUUAUAGUCAGCUUUCGCCUGCGAGGCCGAAUUGA